GGGGUCAAUGCGCAUAGUCAAAGCAUUGCGCAUUUCGUGGCUAACCUCACCGAGUCGAUCGACCAGCAGUGAACGAGCUGUCAGUGCGAAAACCUAUUCAUUUCGUCUUGUGCUGUAUUUUGGUGCCUAGUGGGUGUGCUAAGUGUCUACGAGCGCAUUUUGUUUUAUUAAGGUGCUAAUAAACAUUAAACUUACAGGAUGCCUUCCGCAGCGCCACCCGCCGAAAAUGGCGCGCCCCGCAGCGAGCUUGAGCAGCUGCAAUUGCGCGCCGGGCAAGUCACCGAUGAUUCGUUGGAGUCGACACGGCGUAUGAUGCAACUAUGUGAGGAGAGCAAGGAGGCCGGCAUUCGUACUCUGGUCGCUCUAGAUGACCAGGGAGAGCAAUUGGACAGAAUCGAGGAGGGCAUGGACCAGAUCAACGCGGACAUGCGCGAGGCAGAGAAGAAUCUGUCCGGCAUGGAGAAAUGUUGCGGCAUCUGUGUGCUGCCGUGCAACAAGGGUGCAUCGUUCAAGGAGGACGACGGUACGUGGAAGGGUAACGACGAUGGCAAGGUGGUGAACAACCAGCCCCAGAGGGUGAUGGAUGAGCGCAACGGUAUAGGACCACAAGCCGGAUACAUAGGAAGGAUAACAAACGAUGCUCGCGAGGAUGAGAUGGAAGAGAACAUGGGACAGGUGAACACGAUGAUCGGUAAUCUGCGCAACAUGGCUCUGGACAUGGGCUCCGAGCUGGAGAAUCAGAACCGCCAGAUCGACCGCAUCAACCGCAAGGGUGAGAGCAACGAAACGCGCAUAGCAGUGGCCAACCAGCGCGCGAACAAGCUCCUCAAGUCUUAAGCACUUCGCACUUCAUUAAAGCCACUAAAAUGACGCUUGUCACACAUACCUACACGCUUAUUUUAUACAGAAUGGAUCUUUUCAAGUAAAUGCGCUGCAAGAUCUGUAGUUUGACUUCUUUCAGAUUAAUGUGUGAAAGGUGCUUGAGCUCUAUAUUUUUUUUUUGAAUCAGUCAUAAUAAAAUCUAUACUCACUAAAAUCUAGAAGACUUCACAAAGAUGUCACUAUAUUGAUCUUGUAUGCUUAUGGGCCGCUUAAAAUCCAUUAUGUAUAAAAUCAAUACACUACACAAUUAUUUUUAUCAAGCAAAAGUAAGAUUUAGCGUUAAGCUUCAGACAUUGCAAAAACUUUGGCAAGCGUCAUUUUAGAGCUCCUUAAGCGUUAUGUAUGUGGUAAGUACAGUUAUAUUAUUCGCGUAUAAUAAAUAAUAUUUGCAAUAAUUUGAUUUAUAUCGUUAUUGUACGAGGCUUGCGGACAAUCUGACUGACCAUGUUCCUAGUCAAGUUGUCGAGUAUUUUCCUAAAUGUUAUCGUAUACUAUCAGUAAAUGUAUUGUUAACUGUACUUACCUAUGUUCAUUUGAACUUUGAGAUUGCAUUUUUACAAUUUAUUUAUUCUUGCCAUUUUUUAAAGUUUAUUUGCGUUUAAGACGAAAUACUCUCGGGUGUGUAUUUACAUAAGGCAAUACUAAAUUUCAAAUCAAACAUAUUAAAAAUCAAUUAUAAAAUCACUUUUCCUAAAAUAAUACACUAAAAUCUUUAUUGCUUUAUAUAAAUACAACCUCUUGAAACUGCAAAAAGUAUGAUUUAUAAUUUUAGUAAUGUGCCAAAAUUAUUUUCUAUAGGAAUGCCUCAUUAUAAGACACGAAAUUUUAUGUUUUCACACUAAUUUCAAAGGCUUCGAUACAAAACCUACACCUCGCCUGUAGUCAUUUAAAAAAACCAAUAAUAAACAUUUCCUCGAUUAAUUUUACCUAAAAAAUGCACUAAAUCACAUAAAAUAUUUUCAGAUGACUUUGAACGGCCAAUCGGCCAAUAAAACGUUUUUCAUGAAUUUAAACACAAUGAUAGCACAGAGUAAGCACAAAAUUGUUUUAUAGAAAUACAUAUAUUUUCGUAUUCAUUUGCACUCAUCAUUAAUAUACGUGCAACGUACAUAUAAAGGCGACUUAGUAGAAUUUGACGCUCAAUACAUUACUACUAUUUCCCGCCAUAAAAUGGCGUCGUGACGUUUCAUUACACGAUAUAUUUCAGAAUUCUUGACCUCUAUAAAGGAGAAGCAAACAAUACUUACCUAUCAGCAAGUCUUUGUCUUAAAUUAAACAUUAGUGAGAUUUUAAAAUUAAAUAUUAUGUAGUAUUAUAUUAUAAUAUUUGUUGAGAUUUUAGGUAUCUCUCGUUUCACGUAACUGAGCGAUACUAUAGUUUGACUUUUACUUAUCGUACUUUCGAAUUGUAUUAUCCAAUGUACUGCUUUUUUAAUUUAUUAGAUUAAGAUAACGGUGCCUGAAUUCGUAGAUUUUUUUGUAUUUCUAUUAAAUUGUGACUUUUCAUUAAUUUAAUAAAUAAUGGCAGUCAAUAGUUUGAAUCCUUAUGAUUUAUUUAUUGUAAUUGCGUAGAUACGUUGUGUAAGCCAGUUAUUAUGUAAGCGCUUAGUACACGAUGUCGUGGGUGUCGCGGUAAUAGUUUGUUAAUGGGAAGAUAUUAAAUGACCCAGUGUACAGUUACAUUCAUCUUGAUUGCAGACGCGAUGUCGAUCAACCAUUUGAAUGCUUAGCGAGUUUCAAGUAAACUUUUGUCGAUACAUAAGCUAUAACUCGGCUAAAGUAUUAAUGUAUUCUACGAACACUUUGGCACUUCCGGAAACAAAUGAAUACGUAAUAAAGGAGCUACAAUAUAACUACUACCCGUGCCGAUAAAGAAUGGGAUUAGAAAUCGCGACAGCUGUAUUUACCUCUCGCUCAUACAUUAUAGCACAUGAGCGAGAGUUGAAUACAGCUGUCGCGAUUUCUAAUCCCGUUCUUUAUCGGCACGGGUUGUAUAUCAGUCGAGUUUUUCUAUUGACAAGAGUUAACAAAUAACUUGCGUGCGUAGCACUGUUAGUCUACUGACAAUUUUCGGAUGUUCUGAUUGGUUGUCCAAUUACAACCAAUCAAAUCACUUGUCAGAUUUGACAGUUUGUAUGAUAUAAGGCUUUCGUGCGAGGGUCAUAUAAAGCGUUGUGUAAUGUGAUUACAGAAUAUAAUGCAAUAGUCUAUGAAAACUAUAUCGUAUAGUUGAAUAUUUAAAACUUUAUUAUUACUUAAAGUGUAUUGUUGUAAGUAUGACGAAUAAAAUGUACCGGCCUUAGGAGUAAUGUGUAGGAAUGUUAAAGGCAGCGGCUUGACAAAUUAUAUUAUACUCGUGUAACAAGUUAGUUAAGAGUUUUCGAAAAUUUCUCUAUGUCUUUUUCUCUCAAUCGUAUUAGUUUCUAAGGAUACACGCGUACUGUGCGCGGACAUUUAUCUAAGUACAUCAUAUUUUAAUAAUGAAAUAUUUUAACAGUGUUGUCUCUUAACUUUUGAGCUGUAGUCCACACGCGCCGUCACUUUGUGGUACUGGCCACUGACGCCCGCGUGCCACUUUCCACUCGCCAGCCGGCGCAGACAACCGCGGUGACAGAACACAGGGCGACGCGACGGCGCGUGCGCAGCCUCGUAGAUUGUUUUGUAACAGCUAUUCAAUUUAACCAAUAGAUGUGUAAAUUUACCGCCUGCAUAAUCUGAAUAAUGAUUUUUAAUCAGCCUAAAAUAUUAACUACCUAGGAUUAAAAAUAAUUAUAUCUAUUUUCUUUAAGAAUAGAUAAAGGAUAGUAUAAACUGUUAAUUUCUAAUUACAUUAUUGAUUUGUUAAAUUACAAA